AUGUCGAGAAGUCAUCUUACAUUAGAUCAAUACUAUGAGAUACAAAACACUGAACUCGAGGCUAUAGAGUCCAUCUAUAUGGACGAUUUUAUUAAUUUGACAAAGAAAAAAUCGAGCUGGGACAAACAGCCACAAAUUAUAUUCGAGAUUUCAUUGCGAUCGAGUGAGAAAGAUCCCGCGGAAUCAUCUUUAACUUUACAUAUUGCAUUGACGCCCAUGUAUCCUCAUACAGCUCCAGAGAUUACUUUUGAGAAUAUUGCAAAUGUUACAGACCGUCAGUUACAACAGUUAAAGGAUGAGUUUCGUAUGAUCCAUAAGGAUUCAAGAGGUCAGGAAUUCAUCUUCGAUAUUGCGGUUAAGACACAAGAAUUAUUAGAUCAAUUCCAGAAUUUGGCAAACACUCAGUCAUUAGAAGAUGACCGAUUACAAAGACUGAAAGAGACAAAGGAAAAGUUAGAACGUGAAGAAAGAGAACGACAAAAACAGAUUGAAAGGAGACAAAUUACGGAACAACAACGUAUUGAUGAAAUUGUACAAAAAGAAUUGGAGAAGAGAAAGGAUUAUGACGAUUCUGUGUUCAAUCCAACAAAUCAAAUGGAAUUAGUCCCGCCCAGCGAAUGGGUUGCCUCUGGUGAAGCAAUAGUAUUUCCUAAAAUUAUCAAGGCUAAACUGCCGAACAACUCUCUGUUAAAAUUUAAAGCAGUAGUAAACCCAAAACCGGUUAAAUUGGGCUCUGAUCUAUUGUCAUUUGCUGAUCAAUUUCUGGUUAAGCCGUACAUUUCACCUGACUCACCUUUGGCAGACUCUUUGAUGUCUUCAGAAAUGAUGGAAAGCUUUUAUUUUCUUUUGACUGAAAUCAAAUUGGAUAAUUCGUAUUUCAAUACUUCAAGCGGUAAGAAAGAAAUCUCUAAUUUGGAGAAAGUACUAGAAUCUCUAACAAGAGUGAGGCAUGAUAACGUCAACUGUAUAUAUGCAUAUUCCGUGGAAAGAAUGGGUAGAAAUAAUGCCACAUUUGUUUGGAAAAUCAGGAUAUUAACAGAAUAUUGUAUUUCCUAUCCAAUUGGUGACAUCAUUCAAUCCGUAGGUUUUAUCAAUCUUGCCACAGCACGUAUAUUAAUGAUCAGAAUAUUGGAAGGUCUUGAAGCUUUGCAUAAAGUUGGGAUUUUUCACAAAUAUAUUACUUUGCAAACAGUAAUGCUUGUAAAGGAUUCUGAUUUCGGUACAACAAUUCCAAAAUUAAUGCAUCCAGCUUAUGGAUACGCUAUCAUAGAUAUGUUAAUACGGUACCCGAACAGACAAAAUAACUUUUCCAUUGAUAAACCAGAAAAUUGUUGGGAGGCUCCUGAAUUGUCGAAAUUCAAAAAUAGUAAACCUCAGAGAAUGACAGAUAUUUGGCAGGCAGGUGUUUUAUUUUUACAAAUGAUAAGUGGGGUGGAUACUGUUCUAAAUUAUUCCUCACCACAGGAAUUUUUCGAGUCUACACCAAUGGAGGACAGUUUAUCUGAUUUUCUAGAAAAAAUGCUAGAUCCUGAGCCAAAGAGAAGGCUUGGAACUUUGGAACUUUUACCGAUGAAAUUUUUAAGAACAAAUAUUGAUCCUGACAUCAAUAAAUUCAGUUUUGCUUCUGACAAAACUUUUUCCGGCAAUUCAUCGUCUGAUCUUAUGGCUAAUAAGGCUAGGACAGCGUCCCAUUCGAGUGCGAGAAGAAGAUCGUUCAACGUAGGUUCGAGAUUCUCUUCUGUAAAUCCAAAUACCCAAUCGAGAUAUGCGUCUGAUUUUGAAGAAGUUGCCAUAUUGGGUAAAGGUGCUUUUGGGCAAGUUGUCAAAGCAAGAAAUGCAUUAGAUAGUAGGUAUUAUGCUAUCAAAAAAGUUAGGCACACAGAAGAAAAAUUAUCUACCAUCUUGAGCGAAGUUAUGCUAUUGGCAAGUUUAAAUCAUCAAUAUGUUGUGAGGUACUACGCAGCCUGGUUAGAGGAGGACUCAAUCAACGAAAACGUAUUCGACUCUUCCGAUGACGAUGAUGAUGAUGAUGAAGACGAGGAAGAGAGUGACGAGAGUAAUUUUACAUCAUUAGAUCCUUUUAACCAAUCUAGUCUAUAUGUUAGCAGGACUAAUAAUGAUAUGGAUAAUAGUAACUGGGAUUUUAUUUCAAACUCUGGAUAUCCGGACAUAGUAUUUGCCAAUAGCUCAACGGCACCAGAAGAUGAGAACGUUGAUGAGACAGAAGAAGCAGACAAUGAUGGUAGUGUCGGAGGAUCGAGUAAUGGUGUAUCUUUAGAUACGAAAAAAAGAGCGAUUAUAUCCAGUGGUUCCACGAUAAAGAAGAAAAGUACCUUGUUUAUUCAAAUGGAAUAUUGUGAAAACCGAACAUUGCAUGAUUUGAUUCACUCUGAAAAUUUGAACAAGCAGCGUGAUGAAUAUUGGAGAUUAUUUAGACAAAUAUUGGAAGCCUUGAGCUAUAUCCAUUCACAAGGCAUCAUUCAUAGAGAUUUGAAGCCAAUGAAUAUUUUUAUCGAUGAAUCAAGAAACAUUAAGAUUGGUGAUUUUGGUCUGGCCAAAAAUGUUCAUAGGUCUAUUGAUAUUUCCAAAAUAGAUACAGCAAGUGCUGCUGGUAGUGCAGAUGAUCUUACAUCCGCGAUUGGGACUGCUUUGUAUGUUGCCACAGAAGUAUUGAAUGGUAAAGGUAACUAUAAUGAGAAAAUUGAUAUGUAUUCCUUGGGAAUCAUCUUUUUUGAGAUGGUUUAUCCUUUCAGUACUGGUAUGGAAAGAGUUAAUAUUUUGAAAGGAAUGAGAUCUGUAGAUAUUGAGUUUCCAAGUGAUUUUGAUGUGAAUAGAAUGAAAAAUGAAGAAAAAAUAAUAAGACUACUUUUAGAUCACGAUCCCAGCAAACGGCCAGGAGCUAGGCAACUGUUAAACAGUGGAUGGUUGCCUGUAAAGCAUCAAGAUGAAGUGAUAAAGGAAGCCCUAAAGAGCUUGUCAAAUCCUUCCUCUCCUUGGCAGCAAGAAGUUAGAGAGAGUCUUUUUACUCAAUCUUAUAGUUUGUCGAAUGAUAUUUUAUUUGAUAAUGUGCAAAGUACAACAUCUCAUUUCUCCCAGAUACUAAGGUCGCAAAUGACUGAAGAAGUAAUUAAAAUAUUCAGAAAACAUGGCGGUAUUGAGAAUAACAUGCCACCCCGUAUUUUUCCUAAGGCACCUAUUUACAGUACUCAGAAUGUUUACGAAGUUUUAGAUCAUGGUGGUACUGUUCUUCAAUUACAAUAUGAUUUGACUUAUCCUAUGGCCAGAUAUUUGUCAAAAAAUCCAAGUUGUGCUUCAAAACAAUUCCGUUUUCAAUUUGUAUACAGACCACCAGCUCAGCUGAAGUCAAGCUCCGAACCUAGAAAAUUUGGUGAAAUAGAUUUUGAUAUUAUAUCUAUGUCUUCUUCAGAAUCAGCACUAUAUGAUGCUGAGAGUAUCAAAAUUAUUGAUGAGAUCUUAACGGCCUUUCCAGUUUUCGAGAAGACCAAUACCUUAUUCAUUAUAAACCACUCCGAUAUUCUAGAAAGUGUCCUCAAUUUUAGUGGAAUAGAUAAGGCUCAAAGGCCGCUAGUGUGUAGAAUGCUAUCGCAGGUUGGGUUCGCCAAAUCCUUCAGGGAGAUAAAGGCAGAGUUAAAAUCCCAGCUGAAUAUUUCAUCCACGUCUCUCAAUGAUUUAGAAUUGUUUGAUUUUAAGCUUGAUUUUGAAUCCUCAAAGAGGAGAUUACAUAAGAUAAUGGUAGAUAGCCCUUAUCUUCGUAAGAUAGAUGAAUCCCUGAACCAUAUUACAAAGGUGCUAAACUUUUUGAAACCAUUCGAAGUCACUAGAAACAUUGUUAUAGCCCCUUUGAGUAACUAUAAUAGUGCAUUUUACAAGGAGGGUAUAAUGUACCAAGCAGUAUACGAUGAUGGCUCAUCCAGAAGUUUAAUUGCUGCUGGUGGGCGAUACGACAAAUUAAUUUCAUAUUUUGCAAGGCCUUCAGUGGCUAAGACUAGUACAACCAAAAAAGCUGUUGGUUUCAAUUUGGCCUGGGAGACUAUCUUUGGCAUAGCUCAAGGUUAUUUUAAGUUGGCAACCGGCAACAAAACUAGAAAAAGGAACAAAUUUUUGAAGGAUAAUGCUAUUGAUUGGAAGCCUAGUAGGUGUGAUGUUCUUAUUUCUAGCUUUUCAAAUGCGUUAUUGGACACAAUUGGAGUUCCAAUUUUGACAGAACUCUGGAAAAAGGAUAUCAAAGCAGAUUUUCUCCGUGAUUGCUACACUAUUGAAGAUGUUGUUUCGGGAGCGCAACAGGAUGGUGUGGAUUGGAUAAUAUUGAUUAAGCAACAAACAUACCCUAUGCCCAGCCAUAAGAGGAAGUACAAACCACUAAAAGUGAAAAAUCUAAGUACGAAUCUCGAUAUAGAUCUCAGUGUUGACGAAUUUCUUGAUUUAUAUCAACACGAAAGUGGUGUGAAAUCACUAGGUGAUACAUUUUCUAUGGUGGAUUCGAAAUACGACGAAAAUAGAUGGGAUGAUACAAGCAGUGUUAGCAGCGGUCAGGAAGGUGAGUAUGAAGAUAAUGCUAAUAUACCAAAAAAUCAAAAGGUGAUUUACGUUCCGAAUAUGGCUACGAGGUCAAAGAAAGCCAGUAAAAGAGAGAAAUGGGUUUAUGAGGAUGCUGCCAGAAAUGCGUGCGGUAAUAUCAUUAACAAUCUAUCUACCGCGCCGGUAAUUACCAUCGAUGCCAUUAGAGAUGAGACGAUGGAAAUCAUUGCAAUAACUUCAUUGGCACAAAAGGAUGAAUGGUUGAGAAAGGUUUUUGGAUCCGGUAACAACUCUACGCCUCGAAGUUUCGCAACCAGUAUCUAUAACAGUUUAUCUAAAGAAGCUAGUAAAGGAAAUCACUGGGCCAUUUUGCAUUGCCACAAGACAGGAAAAUCAUGUAUCAUUGAUUUGCAAAGAUAG